AUUGCGCUGUGUGAGAAGUUCCAGAGAGCCAUCUUCCCCUUUUUGGUGUCAUUGAGUGAAUUUCCCACGUCGCAUCACAUGACACGCACACUCUGGCACUCUGGGUUGGACUCAUUCUUCCUCAUGCUAUAUAUUCCAACACUCAUGUCCGUUUAGAGAAAGCAGCACCUCCUGUCACAUUGCUGGUGAAGGAAAUGGAUGAGAACACACCCCUCAUUCCAAGGGAAACCCUAAAGAGAAGUAAUGCGAGACUCUACCUGGCUGCCUUCUCUGCAGUCCUGGGGAACCUAAGCUUUGGGUUCGCUCUGGUCUACCCCUCCUCUGUCAUCCCCCAGCUGCAGAGGGGCGACGACCCCCGGCUGAAGCUGGACACCCACCAGAUCUCAUGGUUUGGGUCCAUCUUCUCCCUGGGGGCGGCGGCCGGGGGUCUGAGUGCCAUGCUGCUUAACGACAGGGUCGGGCGCAAGCCCAGCAUCAUCCUGUCGGCCGUGCCAUCCUCCGUGGGUUACUUGGUGCUGGCGGCGGCACAGGCCGUGUGGAUGCUCUACCUGGGCAGGUUCCUGACGGGCAUCGCGUCGGGCAUGACCGCCGCUUCAAUACCUGUGUACGUCUCAGAGAUCUCACACCCCAAAGUGAGAGGCAAAUUGGGAUCCUGUCCCCAGAUGACAGCAGUGUUUGGAGCAUUGGCACUUUAUGGUCUAGGUUUGGUGUUGCAUUGGCGCUGGCUGGCGGUUGUCGGGGAGGUGCCGGUGAUGGUGAUGGUGCUUCUGCUUUGCUUCAUGCCGGACUCGCCGCGGUUCCUGAUCACGCGCGGCCGCCACGAGGAGUCGCGUCGAGCGCUGGAGUGGUUCAGAGGACCGGAGUACACCGAGGAGUUCCUACGCAUCCAGCACAGUGUCAACACCCAGGGUCGUAUAGGCUGGGAAGAGUUGCGUCAGCCCUUCUACUACAAGCCCAUCCUGAUCUCUGUGGGGAUGCGCUUCCUGCAGCAGAUGACUGGAAUCACCCCCAUCCUGGUCUACCUGGAGCCCAUCUUCCACUUGACACAGAUCACACUGGAGCCUCAAUAUGAUGCUGCUCUGGUUGGAGCGGUGCGUCUGCUGUCCGUGAUGAUUGCAGCCAGUCUGAUGGACAAGGCUGGCAGGAAGGCCCUCCUCUUCACUUCAGGGUUCCUCAUGUUCCUGUCCAUGCUGACCAUGACCAUGUACACCUACACGCCGCCCAGUCACCACAGCAACAGCAGCACCCCCCUGCUACGCUGGGUUGAGGGUCCCUCUCAGACGACCCCGACCUUUGACCCCAUCACACUCAUUCCUCUGAUCAGCACCAUGGUCAUCAUAUUCGGGUACGCCAUGGGAUGGGGACCAAUCACGUGGCUGCUGAUGUCAGAGGUGCUGCCUCUGGGGGCCCGUGGGAUAGCGUCGGGGGUGUGUGUGGGGGUCAGCUGGCUCACCGCCUUCGUACUCACACAGUUCUUCAUGCACGUGGUGGUGGCGUUCGGGCUGUACGUUCCCUUCCUGUUCUUCAGUGUGGUGUGUGUGGUGAACAUCAUUUUCACCGGUGUGUGUGUCCCUGAGACCAAAGGCCGUUCGCUGGAGGAGAUCGAGAACUACUUCAAAACGGGGCGCUCCUUCACCAUCACUGACACAACUACUGCGCCUCAUGAUUAGGGCUAACUCUAUAGUAUAAUAUCAUUUAUAUAUAUAUAUAUAUAUACAGUAUAUACUAUAAUAUAAUAUAGUAUAGUAUAAUUGUAUUUCUUGUUUUCAUGUCAUGUUUACAAAUGAUGCAGCUUGUCUGACUGAGUUUUCACGGACUUCUCAUGGGUAUUUGCAUGGGAGACAUCGCAGACAUACAGAAAUGUAUAAACUGACAAACUGGGUAAACUGACCAAUGAUGUGCCAGUGAUAGUGUAAUGUCAUUUUUUUUGUACUUGAUUUGAAGAUUAAACCUGCUGAAAGCUUA